UCUAAAACUUGGCCUUUGCUCGCAAAUGCAGUCUCAGGAAGUGACUAACCAGGCUUUGCAAAUGCAAGCAAGCGCCCUGGUUUGGGGGUUUGGAGUAUUUUUAAAAAAGCAUUUCUCACUUCUCGUGCAUCUUGUGUAAUCAAAAGGAUACAGACAUCUGGUUUUUGGUUUUUAGUUUUCCAUCACAGCAACUUGUUAUCCACAAUGAACACCACUGCUGUCUAUCUUAUGCGCAGCAAUGGAAGCAUCAACACAUCAGAGGGUUCGCCAUUUAUAUACGACUAUGAUAACACUUCAACCUGUUAUCAGGAAACCAGCCAGGAGCUUCUCGCUGCGUCCAUGGUUUUAAAGGCGUUUUACUACUUGCUGUUUUGUCUAGGUCUAGCAGGUAACACCACAGUUCUGUGGGUUCUCCUGUGGUCCAUAAAGCUGAAAACCAUGCCGGAUGUCUGUCUUCUAAACCUGGCGCUGUCUGACCUUUUGCUGGUUACGUCGCUGCCCUUCUGGGCCAACAGUUCCCAGAGCGUUGUAUCAUGCAAACUGAUAACAGGAAUUUAUCAGUUAGGUUUCUACAGUGGGACUUUGUUUGUGACCCUGAUGAGCGUGGACCGCUACCGGGCCAUCGUCCAUGCAACCAUGCAGGCCCGGACACUUCGCUACGGAGUCACAGCCAGCGCCACUAUCUGGGCGAUAUCUGUCAUCAUGGCGGUGCCGCAGGUGAUAUUUGCCGACUUGGAGGUGGACGCGUACGACAACAGCUCUCAGUGCCAGCCCCUCUACCCGGAGGACGGGCAGCUGUUUUGGAAAAUCCAGCGAAACUUCAGCGAGAACACCGUGGGCCUCUUUCUGUGCCUCCCCAUCAUGAUCUUCUGCUAUGUCAAAAUCCUCGCCGUGCUGUCCAAGUCCAGGCACUCGAAAAAGGACAAAGCUGUCAAGCUGAUUUUCGCCAUCGUGUGCGCGUUUGUGGUGUGCUGGGUGCCUUACAACGUCACCGUUUUCCUCCAGACGCUGGAGCUGCUCAAGAUCCUGAACACCUGCGGCGCUUCGAGGACCAUCGGCUCCGCCGUGGGCUUUGCUGAGAUCAUCGCGCUGUCACACUGCAUCGCGAACCCGGUCAUCUACGCGUUUGUUGGGGAGAAGUUUAGAAAGUCGGUGGGUGGCGUGUGCCCCAGAUGCUUCCACGGGUGUCACCAGAGCAGAGAUAAAGACUUCCAAUAUACCUGUAAGGUCAGAUUAAAGAUGUGUCAGCUGUGUGGAGACCGCGAGUGUACAUGUGUGUCGGUUUGAGAGGUGUAUAAUUGUACUCAGAGGAAUAAAACAAAUGUAGGAAACAGUUAUUCAGGUUAUAUUUAGAACUCUUGGAAACUGGCAUUGUGUUUGCAAAGUGAAAUGAA